AUGAGCUAUGGCUGUGACCCUGCAUCGCACCCAACCAAGGAGUUUAUCAAAGCUCACAUCUCCAACUACACGGACCCAAAGAACCCAGAUAUCAUUGUCGCGGGCGGCGCAUCUUGUAACUCGAACGACGACUGCACGACGGUCGCGAGCGUCACAGGUUCCUGUGAGAAGCGUCGGUGCAAGUGCGCCGACCACUGGACUGGCCCCCGCUGCACAAAGUACGACCUCGAAGCGACGACGUACGGGCCGUCGGUCGUUCUCAUGGGCGCCAUGUGCGGCUUGGCUGUGCUCGGGUCCGGGGCUGCCCUCCUGGUGCGCAUGCGUCGCAACCGCGCGGCGCGGCAGUUCCAAGACGAAGUCAACCGCCGUGCAAAGCGAAGUACAGACCCGUCACCGUCGGCCGAGUCGGACGUCGUUCGGAUGCAGACUGCGUAG